GGCACCAUAUUGAACUGUUGUUUAGAACAAACAGCUACUCUUCUUUUAAAAACAGUUUACUUUGAGUCUGUUUUUUUGACACAACUACUGAAGGAAGCUGGCUGGAUUGAUUCUCACACGGUAACAAUGAAGCUAACCGACAUGAAAAAGCUCAAAGUGGCCGAGCUGCGGUCCAGACUGAAGGAUCUCGGGCUGGACAACAAGGGGCUGAAGGCUGAGCUGCUUGGCAGGCUAUGGUCCGCGUUAGAGGCGCGACAAAGUGAACAAGACGCUGAUGAAGAGAAUAAACUACUGAAUGACCGACCAAUGACACUUUUAGCAACAACGGAGACAGUGGAUACCCAACCUCCGUCCUCAUCACCCCCAACACGAGAGUUCACAGACACCGCCACCAUGACAGAUACUCAGCCCUGGCUGCCUUCACCACAACACGGAUCAGCCGAGAUGGUGGUAUCGGUGUGUCAGGCGGGGGAGGGACAUGUUGAAAACGAGCAGGGAGGUGCAGGACACAGAGGGGACCUGCCAACAGAGAAGGUUAUGAGCAGAGGGAGAGCUUUUUACGAGUUCAAAGAGGAGAUACGAUACAAAAGAGCCAAAUCACCACAGCCUGCAGUGGACGGAGUGGAGACGGAGGAGGAGGAUGAAGAUAAAGUCAGACUAAAUCCAUAUGAUGGUCACCUCCACUUUGAAGUCGGUCCUGAUGGUGCCUGGGGUCAGCCGCGGUUCUGGGCCCAAUUCCCCUCGCUGUGGUCGGGCUGCAGGCUUACUCACGGGGUGCUGCAGGGCAGGGUAGGCUUUGAGUUGAGGCUGGAGAAGAAGUUGUUGACCACACAGCUGCAGGAACAAGUAGAGGUGGAUCCUUACGGCAUGAGAGUCGGCUGGUCUGUGGCACACUCCUCUCUACUGCUGGGUGUGGAUGAAUUAUCUUAUGCUUAUGAUGCACGAGGUAAAAGAGUGUCAGAGGGGAACGAGGAAGAGUUUGGAGAACCGUUCUCAGAGGGGGAUAUCAUCGGCUGUUAUGCUUCCUUCUCCACAGACGGUGCUGUUGAGCUCUCUUUCCAUAAGAACGGUCGUUUCAUGGGUCAGGCGUUCUCCCUCGACGCCUCCCUGCUGCUGGCUCGUCCUCUGUUCCCUCACGUCCUUUGUAAGGGGUGCUCAGUCCGAUUCCUCCUGGACCCCACAGCUCUUCCCUGGUACCCCGGCCCUCCAGGGUUCAUACCGCUGGCAGCUCUUUCUGCUGGGCAGAGGGAGCGUGCAGCACUGCCUCCUACAUUCAGAGCACAGGGCGAGGUGUUGUUGAUGGUUGGUCUUCCUGGUUCUGGGAAGAGCCACUGGGCUCGGGCUCAUAUGAAGCAGCAUCCUGAGAAACAGUACUGGCUGCUGGGCACAGAGGAGCUGCUUGCAUGUAUGAUUAGAGGUGGACAGAGGGAGAGCCGGCUGCAGCAGGCCUCGCUGUGUCUCACUGAAUUGAUCAAGAUGGCUUCUCAGACUCCUGGCAACUAUAUCCUCGACCAGAGCAACAUCCUGUUCUCUGCACGUAGUUACAAGCUGCAGCUCUUCACAGGCUUCAGGCGCCGGGUGGUGGUGGUCUUUCCUUCAGUGGACGAGUGGAAAAGACGAUUGUCUCUGCACCAGACAAGCAACGGGGAGCAGAUCCCUGAAACCGCCCUGCUCAAAAUGCAAGUGAGCUUCAGCCUUCCAGAGCAGCAGAGUGAGCUGCUGGAGGAGCUGCAGUAUGUGGAGCUGCCUCAGGAACAUGCACAGACCCUUCUGCAGGAGUUUAAAGAUAAUGCACGAAGACUGCUGCCCCCAAUCCCCAAACAGGAGAAGAAGAAACCCCGACUUUCCAAGAAAAAACCCCACCCUCACAUGCAUACACCGUCACAUAGACUUCAGUGGACUGGACUUCAUGGAUGGAACCAGACAAGACCCCAUAUGCAGCCAUGGAGGCAGCAGCCAAGAUAUUGGGGUGUGCCUUAUCAGGAGGAGGGCUACUACUACAGAGACGUUGGCUACAGCGGAUAUGGAAGUUACUGCUGAAGAAACCUGGAACAGGAGGAGACAGACGUCGAUGCACUGCCUGUGCUUACCUGGACAAUCGAGGAUGUCAUUUCAAUUUUAAAAGAGCUAAAUACUAGGGAUGCACCGAUACAUCAGUGAGACAUCGGCAUCGGCCGAUGUUAGUCCUAUUUACCACCAUUGGCACAUCGGUAAAAUAAGGUGACAUCACUGAUGGCAGUCGCCGAUGUUUAUGUUUUGCUACGUGACCGGGAGAAGUCUGAUGGACCAAAUCUGAAGUCAGGGCAUAAUUUUAAAGCUGCAGGACUUCUGCCCCGUGUACCGGGUGUCUGGAGGAUCGGUAAAUUAAUUCCAUUCUUCAGUGUUCUUGGGAGGCCGUCGUAUAUAUUUGUGACUUUGUUAUACUUGCUGCUACUCCCGUUAACUUCCAGAAACUUACUAUGGCUCGCUCAACCUCUCUCUCACGUAUCCCCCAUUCUCUCUCUUAAAGGGAUAGGCUGCCUUAGUCUGCAUUGUGCUACCAUUACAGGUUACAUAGUAAAAAAUCGGCAUCGGCAAAAAUGUUUUUCUUAACAUCGAUAUCGGCAUCGGCCGACAUUUUUGCAAUCUGUGCAUCCCUACUAAAUACACCAGCAAAUUAUACUAUACACAACGUUUCAGAUUACAGUACACGUUUCCGUGCUUUGACAAAUCAAGGAUAAUCAGUGUCGUAGCAUUUAAUCAUUUUACUAUUGACAACCACGUCACUUUUUACGAGUUUUUAAUUCAACAUUUUCUAAAAUCAAUAUGCUUUUACUCUACAGUGAACAAAUGCUUAAAAAAAUAUACAGUAUUUUGCACAUUUGUAGCACCAGUGUUGUUAAGAGAGUGCCUUAAGUCAGAGUAAUAAAUACCCUGAAAUGUU